ACCCCUUCAAUACUGACCGUUUCCAGCCACCCUUGCCCCACAGGUUAAGUCUGAACAUCACAGCUUGGGAUUCUGGCUGCAACUAGGGAAAUGACUUCAGAACCCGCUGGCCAGGAGCCAUUUUUCCCCCUUCAGCAAUUUUCCUGUUGGAAGUUGUUAAAGGAAGUGGGAAAGGCCAGCUGGGAUCAGUUCUAGCAGGCAGGAGGCAGAUGCUGCGAGGAACCUGUGGUCCAGCACAGAGCCUCAACGUUUGCCCUUACAUAAGUUCCUGCAGCCGGUGCUUCUGAGCUGAGGAUGUCCCUGGGCCUGGAAAAGGGCUUUAUGUUGUGGACCAGUAGGCAGGAUUCUCUUCCCCUUUUCUUCUGUCCUCUCAGCCUUCUCUGGGAUGAGCACCUGGCCAUUGCCACCAUCUUGGCCUCCCACUGGCUGUAGCUUUAUUGGCCUGAGAAGGGUGGCUUCAAAGACAGGAAGGUUCUCUAAGAAGCAAACUCACAUAAGCACAUUGGCUCUUGAGGUAUAGAUCAACAGAGUGAGUCCUAUGGCCCUUCCCCCAGCCUUUUUCUCCUUCUUUCCAGCCCCACAUCUCCCUGAGAAGCCAGAGGCCUGGCUGAUGAUCUCAGGCAGCUGAGAACCUCCAUCGUGCUGCCUUGAGGAGGAAUCUGUAUAGAAAUGUCAGCCCCCGUUGCCUAUUGCUAGAGGAAGUGAGAUUGUUGUAUUAGAUGCUGGGUCUCAGCAUGGAUGCUGGAUCUCAGGGGUAGCUUGGUCCACUGGACCACAGACUCCUCUCCUCCCUGCUUGGGAUGGGCCAGCAGAGGCCCAGUGGGUGACCACACACUUCUGUCAGUCACAUUUAACCACACAGAGGAGCUGAAGUUGGGAUGUGAAGGGGAAGAUGGAAGUGACAAGGCUUUGUAUGUAUGAGUGUGAUACAUGCACACAUGUGCACACGGGUCACAAACGUGCACACACACAAUCCUGUUUAAUCAUCAUGCCUAGAAAAGGGGGGAAGGGGCCUCAUUUUCUGGUUUAGCAAGCUUAAGCUCAGAAAAAUUAAGAACUGUACACUGAGUUAGCUGCUGGUAAGGUCAGAGUUCUAACUCAGGUUGUUGUGACCCAAAGCCAUGGGAUCCACCUCAGCCCAGGCCCCAGAACAGCCCAGUUCAGCGUAGCUGUCUCUGGUGGUGUGACAGAGCUGGCUGCCUUCCUCUCACGUUCUUUCCCCCUUCACUGCCCUUAACCUUCUCUCUCUUCUUUAAUGCCCGUUCAUUGUGUAGUCAGUCGUCAAUCAUUUACGUUUUGCUAGGUACCCAAAUGAAUCAUCUCACCCUGGGGAGGUUGCAGCUGCAGAAUGCACUCGUUACAAAUCGUCACCAUGCCAAGCGGAGUGUCUGAGGGCUGCAGGUCCCAAGUGGAGAAUGGACAUCACUCUCUCACUAGUUAGCUUACUCUCAGUAGCAUGUGCUUAGCCAUGGUUGUAUAGAGGGCACCAUUCUAAGUAAUGCCACUUUAUCUUUUCUGAUCCUGAACCAAGUAUCUAUUAAGAUUCUGAGGUAGGAGAGCCACUGGGCUCAGGCAGUCGGUAAAGAGUCACGGCUAAGAGCAUGCCAUAUAACUUCGUGUUGUGUGGUGCUGUGAACUACAUACCCAUUUCCUAGUUCUUUGGAGUUCUAGGUCACUGAGUGUAGAUUGCAUGGGCUAUAAGGACAGGAAUCUCGCUCUUCAGUUGUGGUUCUCAGUGUGUACACACCGGCGUGCUUUCUGAAUGUUUAAGUUCAAAUACCAUCCAAAGCCUUUCUGCCCCCUGGGGCUGAGAUGUCACAGGAGUAAGUGAAAAAGGCACUCCAGCUAUCGCUGGGGCCCUUGAAUUUGCCAGUCACUGCGGCAGCUAUUUCUGGGCUGAUGUGUCUGUGGGCCACAGGCUGGACUUGGAUAAACAGCAUGUGCCUGUGGCCCAUGCCUUUGGAGUAGUGUGUGCUCAGCCUCCUCUGGACACUGCCAGCUUCCAAGCCGCCAGCUUGCAUGUGUGCUCCCUCCUCCUCAGGGAGGGCAGCCGUGAGGCUUGCUCUAAAAGAGAUCUGAUGAGCCAGGUUGCUUAGGAAAAUGUUUGUGUCAACUCUGCCCUGCUUCAGUUAUUGUAAGUCACGAUUUCUUCCUUGGCUCCCUUUUGUGUGUGUGUAGGGUAUGCUCAUGUGUGUGCACAGGAGCUGUGUGCACAUGGAGGCUCAGAGGGUGUUGGAUACCCUGCUCUAUCACUUCUUCACCUUAAUCCUUACAGGCAGGGUCUCUGACUGAACCUGGAACUUGGUUGGUCGCCUGCAAUCCCCAAUGACUAUCCUGUCUCCACCCACAUAGUACCCAGGCUCCUAGUGUGCACAUAGCCACGCUCAGUUUUUUUUAAUGUGGGUUCUGGGGAUUCGAACUUGGGUCUUCAUGCUUGUACAAACAGGCUCAAUCACUGAGCUAUCUAUCCUUAGUCUGUCACCCUUCUUUUCAAUAACUAGCAGCAGGUAAAUCUCAGGGUUCCCUGUUCCCAAAAGCAUAUCCCACUUUGACUAAGGCUGUACAGGUGACCCAUCUGAGUUGCCAUCGGCCAGCUGUGUGCUUGGGCAAGUCCCUUAACUUCUCUGUGCCCAUUUUCUCAUCUGCUGGUUGUUCUGGUGAGAAACGUGGAGUCACAUCUGGUCCCUUCUGCCUCCUCUACCCCCACACUCAGCUCCCAGCUGACAUGGGCUCCGUUUCCAUGCAUGUCCCAGAUCCAUCUGUGUCUGUUCCAUUGGCAGCAUACUCCAUCACUCCCAGAUCCAUGUCCCCUCCCUCCGUUUCAUUUUUUAUGAGCCCACAGUGGUUUUGCUUCAAGAUCACAUCGAGAAAGCCGGCUUUUCUGAGUCUAGUCCUGUGUCGAGAUCCAGUCACACUCAACAUAAAGUCAGGCCUUGUCACCAUUCCUAAGACCCUGAAGUAUUCAGUGUCCGUAUCCUUCCACAACUCCUGCCUCUUCCCUCUGCCCAGGCAUCAGAACAAGGCAGGUUGCUUCCUGUAACAGCCACAGACCCUCGUAUGUUUGUGUCUUCUGCCCACAUGGGUCUAUGUCCUCAGCCUAGUGUCUCCUCUUCCUCUGCAGGGCUGAGAAGUCAGGACUCUAUCGAAGCUGCCAUGUCUAAACCAGAUGCCUCCCCUCCUCUCCACAGCCAUGUGCAGUGCUCUCCAUAGCACUCAUUCACAAAUUCCAAUUACACAUUGUAGUUAGUUUUGAAUUUGUUCUUUAUUUUGGUUCUUGCUGGAAAAAAACAAUACUAUGCUCACUCUGAUAUCCCCAAGUACUGAAUAAAGUCCUCUGCACACACAGCUCUUUAUUGAUUGGAAUGAAGGAUGGAUAGAUAGGAAAAGGGCAGGGUACCAGGGACAGUGAAUACUUACGAUGCAAAGCUGAUGCACACUCCUCCCACUAGUCAGUCCUUCUCCGUAGUAAAUGUAGCUAUCCAGUAGACCUAAGGCAGGAGCCCAGAGAGGUGUGUGUACAGGAGCGGUACCAUUAGGACGUGUCUCCUGGGUGAACAGCCCUGUGUGCCAGCGUGCAGGACCACGGCAGCUCAGCCACGCUUCUCAAGGCAAUUGUGCCUGUCAGAGGGGCCACGGGGACUGCUUCCCUUUGAACUGUAGCUGCCAUCUCAGGGAGGGCUCUGAUUGGAUAGACUUUAGUCACAUGCUCACAGACUGUGACCAGCAGCCGGUUAGGAAGAUGGAGAGUAGAGGUCAAAGGGCUCAGCCUGGGUGGAGGCUCCCCCCAUUUUAUGGUAGCAUCUCAUGAUUGCAGGCUGGCCUUGCACUCACUGUGUAGACAAGACUAGCCUUGAUCAUGUGACCUUCAUGCUUCCACAUUCCCAAGUACUGGGAUUAUAGGUUUCCACCACAGUGCCCAGACUAGAUUUUCCCUGCUAUUUAGUACUUAUUCAUAUGUUCAUGUUCAAAAUGUGUGAAGAUGGGGCUGGAGAGAUGGCUCAGUGGUUAAGAGUACUGACUGCUCUUCCAGAGGUCCUGAGCUCAAAUCCCAGCAACCACAUGGUGGCUCACAACCAUCUGUGAUGGGGUCCAAUGUCCUCUUCUGGUAUGUCAGCUACAGUGUACUCCUAUACAUAAAAUAAAUAAGUCUUUUUUAAAAUGUGCAAAGACUAGGGAGUAAUAAUAGUUCUGUUUACUAAUUGUUUAUCUCAUAGUCUCAGUGCUGGGGGGAAGAAACGCUGCUAAAGUGACUGCUUCCUUCUGGGGAGACUUCUUUAUUACGAUCCUUUAAAAAAAAAGAUGUAUUUAUUUUAUGCAUACGAGUGCUCUCUCUGCAUGUACACCUGUAUGCCAGAAGAGAGCAUCAGAUUCCAUUAUAGAUGGUUAUGAGCCACCAUGUAACCUCUAAUUCAUGUCUCUGGCUCACACCCAUUUCUUGUAAUGGUGUAGUUCACAUGUGAAUUUAGGCUAUAAUUAUUUAGCGAGGACUCUCAGUAUUCCUGCGACUGAGGUGAUCUGUACCUAGAUGGUCCCAUCCGCUUCUCCAAGUGACCUUCAAGAAAGCAUUCUGUAAUGCUCAGUGUGCAGCAAAUGGGACAUGUCACCCACCUGAGGCAACAGAGGUGGAUAGUGGCAGAGCCAGGAUGCAUCUCCAGGACGUCUGGCUGCAAAACUGGGACACAAAAUUCUCCUUCUCCUCUUUGUUUUCUCUCCCUUGGUUCUCACAGACAAGCUCUUGUCUCUUUCCCUCUGGUGCACGAGGUCUUUACAUGCUUUGAAUUUUUUUUUCGUGUGUACAUGUGCUCAUAUAUACAUGCAUACAUGCGUCUGUGGAGAACACAGGUCAGCACCACACGUCCUCCUCAUUGCUCUUCACCAUGUAUUUUGAGACAGGGUCUCAGUCGGGCGUGGUGGUGCACACCUUUAAUCCCAGCAGUUGGGAAGCAGAAGCAGGUGAAUUUCUGAGUUCGAGGCCAGCCUGGUCUACAAAGUGAGUUCCAGGACAGCCAGGGCUACACAGAGAAACCCUGUCUCGAAAAACAAACAAACAAACAAACAAACAAACAAAAAACAGAGACAGGGUCUCACUGAGCCUGGGAUUCACUGAUUCGUCAGACGGUCUGGCCAACAAGUCUGAAGGAAAUUACCAUCUCCACCUCUCCAACCCUGACAGCUGUGGGCCACCUUGCCUGGCUUCCUCUACUUGAGUUCUAGAGCUCUGAACUCAGGUCUUUAGGCUUGUGGGACAAGCACUUAACCAACUAAUCCAUGCCCCCUCCCAGUACCCUUAAUUUUAUUUAUAUUAAAAACAUUUAUUACUUUAGAGUAGCAUCCCCAAAUCUAACUAUAAGUGUUGAUUUUAGGAAAAUUAGAAAGUACAGAAAAACUUCAAAAGGAAAGUGAAAUUGCUCCAAACGUUGGCAGUCCACCCUGCUCUGGAGUCCUUCUCAUUUUUUUUUCUUGUUUUGAGAGAGGAAGGGUCACUGGUCCUUGUGUCACUUCUAGCUGUGUGACAGCCACCACAUGCUCCUUUGGUGCUGUCUUAUCUGCUCUUCAGGGCACACUGUAACUCUCAAGGUUCUUGUGUGCCCCGAAAGUGUUAGAGGCUAUGGGGGUUAAAGGGUAGUUGCAGUUCACUUGGAGGUGGGGAGUCCCCAGAUGACUCACGGGAGGUGAGAGAGAACGGUGCUCCCCCCUGACUCAGUUCCUGCUGUUUGCAGGGAGGCAGUGAGGCAGGGAAAACUGGGUUCUGGCAUCCUGGGUCCCCACCCCCUGCCAUGAGGCCGCCCAGAGCCUCUGUCUCUGCCUCAUGCCCAGCACCUGCUCUGGGAAGUAUGUGCUGACUCCCCAGCUCCCAGGCACAAACUAUUUUUGGCUACAGUGACCAUUCGCUAGUAAUGAAAACAGAAACCCCUCUCCCUGCCUUGCUUUUCCGUGGGACAGUGCUCUGGGGGCCAGGGCUGCAGUGCUCAGGGCCCCCUCACCAUGCAUUGCCUGUGGAGUUGGGUGACCACAAAGGCGUCAAGGGACCCAGAAGCCCCACCACCCACCUUGCCGAGAGAAGCCCAAGGCUCAAGCCAGCCUGCACCAGAUGAGAGUUGUGAGGAGAUCCCCCAAGAGCUCACACUGGAUGCUCUGCUGGAGAUGGACGAGGCCAAAGCCAAGGAGAUGCUGCGGCGCUGGGGGGCCAGCACGGAGGAGUGCAGCCGCCUACAGCAAGCCCUUACCUGCCUUCGGAAGGUGACUGGCCUGGGAGGGGAGCACAAAAUGGACUCAGGUUGGAGUUCAACAGAUGCUCGAGACAGUAGCUUGGGGCCUCCCAUGGACAUGCUUUCCUCGCUGGGCAGAGCGGGUGCCAGCACUCAGGGACCCCGUUCCAUCUCCGUGUCCGCCCUGCCUGCCUCAGACUCUCCGGUCCCCGGCCUCAGUGAGGGCCUCUCGGACUCCUGUAUCCCCUUGCACACCAGCGGCCGGCUGACCCCCCGGGCCCUGCACAGCUUCAUCACGCCCCCUACCACACCCCAGCUACGACGGCACGCCAAGCUGAAGCCACCAAGGACACCCCCACCGCCAAGCCGCAAGGUCUUCCAGCUGCUCCCCAGCUUCCCCACACUCACACGGAGCAAGUCCCACGAGUCCCAGCUGGGAAACCGAAUCGACGACGUCACCCCGAUGAAGUUUGAACUCCCUCAUGGAUCCCCACAGCUGGUACGAAGGGAUAUCGGGCUCUCGGUGACGCACAGGUUCUCCACAAAGUCAUGGUUGUCACAGGUGUGCAACGUGUGCCAGAAGAGCAUGAUUUUUGGCGUGAAGUGCAAACACUGCAGGUUAAAAUGCCAUAACAAGUGCACAAAGGAAGCUCCCGCCUGCAGGAUCACCUUCCUCCCACUGGCCAGGCUUCGGAGGACAGAGUCUGUCCCGUCAGAUAUCAACAACCCAGUGGACAGAGCAGCAGAGCCCCAUUUUGGAACCCUUCCCAAGGCCCUGACAAAGAAGGAGCACCCUCCAGCCAUGAACCUGGACUCCAGCAGCAACCCAUCCUCCACCACGUCCUCCACACCCUCAUCGCCGGCACCUUUCCUGACCUCAUCUAAUCCCUCCAGUGCCACCACGCCUCCCAACCCGUCACCUGGCCAGCGGGACAGCAGGUUCAGCUUCCCAGCUGCCUACUUCAUUCAUCAUAGACAGCAGUUUAUCUUCCCAGACAUUUCAGCCUGUUCUCAGGCAGCCCCGCUGUCCAGCACAGCCGACAGUACACGGCUCGACGACCAGCCCAAAACAGAUGUGCUAGGUGUUCACGAAGCAGAGGCUGAGGAGCCUGAGGCUGGCAAGUCAGAGGCAGAGGAUGACGAGGAGGAUGAGGUGGACGACCUCCCCAGCUCCCGCCGGCCCUGGAGGGGCCCCAUCUCUCGAAAGGCCAGCCAGACCAGCGUUUACCUGCAAGAGUGGGACAUCCCCUUUGAACAGGUGGAACUGGGCGAGCCCAUUGGACAGGGUCGCUGGGGCCGGGUGCACCGAGGCCGUUGGCAUGGCGAGGUGGCCAUUCGGCUGCUGGAGAUGGACGGCCACAAUCAGGACCACCUGAAGCUGUUCAAGAAAGAGGUGAUGAACUACCGGCAGACGCGGCAUGAGAACGUGGUGCUCUUCAUGGGGGCCUGCAUGAACCCACCUCACCUGGCCAUUAUCACCAGCUUCUGCAAGGGGCGGACAUUGCAUUCAUUCGUGAGGGACCCCAAGACGUCUCUGGACAUCAAUAAGACUAGGCAGAUCGCCCAGGAGAUCAUCAAGGGCAUGGGUUAUCUUCAUGCAAAAGGCAUCGUGCACAAGGACCUCAAGUCCAAGAAUGUCUUCUAUGACAACGGCAAAGUGGUCAUCACAGACUUCGGGCUGUUUGGGAUCUCGGGUGUGGUCCGAGAGGAACGGCGCGAGAACCAACUGAAACUGUCACAUGACUGGCUGUGCUACCUGGCCCCCGAGAUCGUACGAGAAAUGAUCCCGGGGCGGGACGAGGACCAGCUGCCCUUCUCCAAAGCAGCCGAUGUCUAUGCAUUCGGGACUGUGUGGUAUGAACUACAGGCAAGAGACUGGCCCUUUAAGCACCAGCCUGCUGAGGCCUUGAUCUGGCAGAUUGGAAGUGGGGAAGGAGUACGGCGCGUCCUGGCAUCCGUCAGCCUGGGGAAGGAAGUCGGCGAGAUCCUGUCUGCCUGCUGGGCUUUCGAUCUGCAGGAGAGACCCAGCUUCAGCCUGCUGAUGGACAUGCUGGAGAGGCUGCCCAAGCUGAACCGGCGGCUCUCCCACCCUGGGCACUUUUGGAAGUCGGCUGACCGCUGGCGGAGCCGCUACUACGGGAAAGGACGCUAUGGUCACCCCGACUUUAAGAACUCCUGUCCAGUUCUGGAGGAAUACAUUAACAGCAGCAAAGUCAUGCCCCGCUUUGAAAGGUUUGGCCUGGGGACCCUGGAGUCCGGUAAUCCAAAGAUGUAGCCAGCCCUGCACGUUCAUGCAGAGAGUGUCUUCCUUUCGAAAACAUGAUCACGAAACAUGCAGACCACCACCUCAAGGAAUCAGAAGCAUUGCAUCCCAAGCUGCGGACUGGGAGCGUGUCUCCUCCCUAAAGGACGUGCGUGCGUGCGUGCGUGCGUGCGUGCGUGCGUGCGUCACCAAGGUGUGUGGAGCUCAGGAUCGCAGCCAUACACGCAACUCCAGAUGAUACCACUACCGCCAGUGUUUACACAGAGGUUUCUGCCUGGCAAGCUUGGUAUUUUACAGUAGGUGAAGAUCAUUCUGCAGAAGGGUGCUGGCACAGUGGAGCAGCACGGAUGUCCCCAGCCCCCGUUCUGGAAGACCCUACAGCUGUGAGAGGCCCAGGGUUGAGCCAGAUGAAAGAAAAGCUGCGUGGGUGUGGGCUGUACCCGGAAAAGGGCAGGUGGCAGGAGGUUUGCCUUGGCCUGUGCUUGGGCCGAGAACCACACUAAGGAGCAGCAGCCUGAGUUAGGAAUCUAUCUGGAUUACGGGGAUCAGAGUUCCUGGAGAGUGGACUCAGUUUCUGCUCUGAUCCAGGCCUGUUGUGCUUUUUUUUUUUCCCCCUUAAAAAAAAAAAAGUACAGACAGAAUCUCAGCGGCUUCUAGACUGAUCUGAUGGAUCUUAGCCCGGCUUCUACUGCGGGGGGGAGGGGGGGAGGGAUAGCCACAUAUCUGUGGAGACACCCACUUCUUUAUCUGAGGCCUCCAGGUAGGCACAAAGGCUGUGGAACUCAGCCUCUAUCAUCAGACACCCCCCCCCAAUGCCUCAUUGACCCCCUUCCCCCAGAGCCAAGGGCUAGCCCAUCGGGUGUGUGUACAGUAAGUUCUUGGUGAAGGAGAACAGGGACGUUGGCAGAAGCAGUUUGCAGUGGCCCUAGCAUCUUAAAACCCAUUGUCUGUCACACCAGAAGGUUCUAGACCUACCACCACUUCCCUUCCCCAUCUCAUGGAAACCUUUUAGCCCAUUCUGACCCCUGUGUGUGCUCUGAGCUCAGAUCGGGUUAUGAGACCGCCCAGGCACAUCAGUCAGGGAGGCUCUGAUGUGAGCCGCAGACCUCUGUGUUCAUUCCUAUGAGCUGGAGGGGCUGGACUGGGUGGGGUCAGAUGUGCUUGGCAGGAACUGUCAGCUGCUGAGCAGGGUGGUCCCUGAGCGGAGGAUAAGCAGCAUCAGACUCCACAACCAGAGGAAGAAAGAAAUGGGGAUGGAGCGGAGACCCACGGGCUGAGUCCCGCUGUGGAGUGGCCUUGCAGCUCCCUCUCAGUUAAAACUCCCAGUAAAGCCACAGUUCUCCGAGCACCCAAGUCUGCUCCAGCCGUCUCUUAAAACAGGCCACUCUCUGAGAAGUUGUGGAAAUCCCCUUCCCCUAGGCCCCAGCACAGUUAUUCACACUACCGGAGAGCUGGGACAGUAGCAUUCUGACCCUACCUCCGGGUGGGGAGGAAGAGCCGUGAGCCUCUGUUCAGAUCUGCGUGGGCUCUCCAAUCAUUUCUCUACCCCUUCAGCUUUCCACAUUAGCCCUUGACGUGACCUCCCUACUCCAAAACCGAGUUGUGUGUGCCCCCUGCCUCUGGCAGUCUCAUGCCUGCACCAUCCCAGAGGCCACAGUGCCUGAGGCUCAGGCCGGUCUCUCACUGUGUAAGUGUUGUGAUGUUGGCCUCCCCUCAUGGUAGAAUGUGAACCGUCAGGCUGCCAGCUGAGUUAACCCUUUUCAGUUAUCCCCUGACACCAAAUCACAGCAAGCGGCACACAGCCUACUGACAGCAGCAAGCCUGGGUCUUGCUUUGUGCUGUGAACAUCACAGUUGAGAAAGCUUUGAGCCCUGCAUUGAAUAUGGUCUUGUGCAUUGGCUGAGAACCAGAUAGGAAUAGUAGUGGCCCCUGGCUGAAGGAGCUGACCAUCUUCUGGGGGCCAGUGUGCUGGGGCUGCCAUCUGCCCCAGUGGAGCUAUAGUUCUAGGGCCCUCCUCCUUGCUUCCCAAGUCCUGCCUCUGCUCGGCCCUUCCUGUAAGAGAGUUCCCACCGUGGCCCCCACUUCCUUUUCUACUUAAGUGACUGUGAAUUGAAGUUAGGAAAGCUUGCCUCCUGCGCACUCUCCUCGUCUCCUGGGAGACACAUGAAGGAUGACAGAUACUGUGAAUUCAGCCCGCGUAGCCACUAUGAAGGCAGUGAAAAAGGCCCAAGCAUCGGAGAACCUGCCCACCUAAGGUGUGAUGCCCUUUACCAGGCACCCUGGGUUCCCAGCCUCACCCCGAGGGAGGCCUUUUCCCAUCAGAGUGGCAAGUAGUGAAUCCUAGCUAGUGCUGGGCUGCUCUAAUGCAUCCAGUCAGAGCCCUCGGCCAUUGUCUUCCUGGUCCAGGCAGGGAGUGGCAAACCUGUGUUGCUCUGUAGUGACAGGGUGGGGUGGGACAGCCACGCUGUGCUGCAGCGCUGGCCAGGAUAUCAUCAGUGUGUACACCUAGCGUCUUCUGUGGCCACGAGGCAGACAUUUAUUUGCUUAUUUUGAAUGUGAUGUAAAAUUUGUACAGUAAAAGUUUUUAUAUUUUCUAUCAAUUGCAUUUGUCUUCCAGAAAUGCUUUAAUUUAAAUUAAAAUGGUUAGUCUUGAUGAAUGUGUUACGUUGGGGUUUUUGCCACUGCUAAGAAUGAAUGUCCCCUGUGGCUCAGCCAGGCCUAGGGGUCUGGAGUGUGUGAAUAAAGUUUACCAAGGUA